CCCGCCGCCCCCCCUCAGGAUGCACUGCGGGAACGUGAUGAAGCCGUCCCUGAAGGACAGCAGCGGCAGCCACGGCUCCCCGACCAGCGGGAUGCUGCACGGCAUCUUCUUCAGCUGCAACACGGAGUUCAACACGGGGCAGCCCCCCCAGGACUCCCCCUACGGCCGCUACCGCUUCCAAAUCCCGGCUCAGCGCCUCUUCAACCCCAACACCAACCUCUACUUCGCGGACUUUUACUGCAUGUACACGGCGUACCACUACGUGGUGUUGGUGCUGGCGCCCAAGGGAUCCAGCGGGGACGCGUUCUGCAGGGAGCGCCUGCCGCAGCUGGACAUUGCGUGCAACAAAUUCCUGACGUGCAGCGUGGAGGAAGGCGAGUUGGUGUACCGACACGCUCAGGACAGCAUCCUGGAGGUGAUUUACACCGAACCGGUGGACCUGAGCCUGGGAGCGCUGGGGGAGAUCAGCGGCCAUCAGCUGAUGAGCCUCUCCACCGCCAACGCCAAGAAGGACCCGAGCUGCAAGACGUGCAACAUCAGCGUG